AUGUCCUCCUCUCAACUUCUGCUGAUGGUUGACGACCCCCAACUGAACGCGACGUACGGAGGAAGGCAAUGGGUGAUGCCUACUUUGUUCCAGUGCACCUCCGCGAACGUAACGGAGUCCCUUUCCUUGUCGUUCGAAGGGAUAGCGAUCGCUUUUUCGGGGAACACGCCCAAAGUCUUUGGGGACUCGCAAACAUUGACUGUCUCCAUGGACGGCGCGCCUUCGUACAACACCUCGUACAAUGAUCCCACACCUCGAUCUUACACGCAGUGGUAUCAGUCCCCGAUAUUGACAGAGGGGACACACAAUAUUACACUGACUCAUAUGGCUGGGACAGCCCUGGACUACGCGGUCAUCACUGCUGGGCAGAAUACACCGCUAACAGGGAAAACAGUCAUAAUCGACAACGAGGAUCCCUCUAUCACGUUCACGGGAUCAUGGACACGCAAUACAGACCGGUUUUCUACUGGAUAUCCACCAAACGGCUAUCCCUUCCAUAACAGCACGCAUCAGAGCACUACGCCGGGGGAUAAUUUUGUUUUCCGAUUCUCGGGCAAACCUCGGCACUGUCUCUGCAUCAUACACCCUCGAUGGUGGAACAAUAUCACAAACAUAUACCGCCACGACAUCUUCUUCCAGGUAUCAGGACAACACUAUGACCAACACAACUUCCUGCUAUACAGUAACACCAGCCUCACCACGGGUGACCACACCCUCGUUGUUAACGUCACGAAAUGCGUUAAUCAAACAUUCAUUUUUGAUUAUCUGACCUAUCAACCCUCUUUUUCCACGUUAGCUACUAUGCCGAAUCUCACUUUACCCGCCUCUACCAAUGGAACAUCGCAUACCACCACUACAGCGACCCCCGUCGGAGCUAUGGUAGGCGGAGUUAUUGGAGGAUUGGCAUUGCUAUUUCUCUUGAUUGGGGCUUUCCUCUGGUUUCGGAGAAGGAAGGCUCAUGACGACCAAGGAGAAUCAAAUCAAAUCACAGCAUUCGCUGUGCCACGUAGCAAACAAGAAAAUCUCGGUGCCGCCAAAUCAGGCCCUCCAUCAACACAAAUAUCUCCACCUGAAUCAUCCUCCUCUAGCGCUGGUUCAACCGUGCUGCUGCAAUCAGGUCCACCACGGGUGGUGCACAAGAGUUCUCGAAGUCAUGGUGCGGAAACUGUUGAUGUUAGUACGAGCGGGGGAGGCUCCAUCACGACGGAGAUGAGGGAAGCACGCCAUGGACUCGCUAAAAUCACCAAUUUCUCUGCCGUGGGCAGUAUUGGGGCAGUAUCUGGCAGUAUGGUUUCUCCAAUUCAAGAAGUUCAACGUCAACGGUCAGUCCGGCCCGGACUGAUAUUGCCUCAAACGUUCAAAUUUGAUCCUCUGACCGCGACUGUCUCUUCCACCACGCGUGCACCACCGUUGACAACAUGUCAACUUAUUCACAUACCUAUUCGAAGCGGCGGCGGCGAUCAAGCGCCUUAUUUAUGUUGUGGGUCCCUUCAAGUUGGGCUUAUAAACAGUAGCUUGUUCUGUGUUACGUCGGAGGUUUCUGGUCCCCAAAAUUUCCCUUGCCCUGUUUUGCUCUGGAAAGUGGCAUACGAUUGGCAUUUCAAGCUUGAAGUCGACCCUCUACCGCCACUACAAUCUAUCACAAUGACAGAACAGCAACUCUGA